CUUCUCUCUCUCUCUAACUUUCUCUCUCUCUCUCUCUCUCCUCCGUAUAAAAAUCAUCUACCCCUAAUUCUUCUCAAUUCACAACCUACUGCGGAAUCCAAGGUUUUUGCUUUUUGUUAUCGAUCUACAAUUUCGAUCUUCAGUUUCUGACGAUGACCGGAGCUACGUCGGCCGACCGCCUUGACGGCGGCAGCAAACCGAUUACGAUUCGAGAAGUAUGGAGCGGUAACCUAGAAUCCGAAUUCGAUUUGAUUUCCGAUCUGGUGGAUCGGUACCCGUACAUCUCCAUGGACACCGAGUUUCCCGGCGUCAUCUUCACGGCGAACCGCCGCCCGAGCAAAGCCUCCCCCUCCGACCACUACCAGAUGCUCAAGUCGAACGUGGACGCGCUCAACAUCAUUCAGAUCGGGAUCACGCUGUCAGACGCCGCCGGAAACCUACCGGAUCUCGGAUCCGGGGAGCGGUUCAUCUGGCAGUUCAACUUUUCCGACUUCGACGUGGCGCGUGACCCCCACGCGCCGGAUUCCAUCGAGUUGCUCAAGGAGCACGGCAUCGACUUCGAGAAGAACCGCGCGUCCGGGAUCGUGUCCACGCGCUUCGGGGAGCUGAUGAUGGGCUCCGGCCUGGUCUGCAACAAAGACGUAAGCUGGGUCACCUUCCACAGCGCGUACGACUUCGGGUACCUGGUUAAGAUACUCACCGGCGGCGCGUUGCCCGACUCGCUCGGCGAUUUUUUGGAGGUUGUGAAGGCGAUUUUCGGGAACAACGUGUACGAUGUCAAGUACUUGAUGCAGUUCUGCGACAGCCUCUACGGCGGCUUGGACCGGGUGGCUCGGGCACUGGAUGUGGACCGGGUUGUUGGGAAGUGCCAUCAGGCCGGUUCGGAUAGCUUGCUGACGUGGCACGCCUUUGAGAAAAUUAGGGACGUGUAUUUUGUGAAGCAAGGGCACGAGAAAUAUGCUGGUGUGUUAUACGGAUUGGAAGUGUAUUAAAAGUAGGGGUUUUUAUUAUUCUCAUUAAUUAGUAGGAUUAUCGAUUAACUAUUUGUUAAUAAAAAUAGUUCAGUUUAUUAUUUUUUAAUAUGAUUUCUUGACU